UCUCUCUUCUCCCUCUCCCAGCCUCCCUCUUUCAAUCUCUCUCUUUCUUUCUCUCUCCCAUUCUAGCUCUCUCUUUUCUUCCCCCUGUCUUUCAUUGUGUGUGGUUAAAGUGGGCUGCGAGAGACGUAUUAAAACAAAACAUUAAGAUGGAUUAAAUGUAAGAAUAGAUGUUGCACCGUCAGCACUGACUGCCCUGAAUAUGAACUGAAUAUGAACUGAAUAUGAACUGAACUGUUUUAAGAUACAAUCCUAUUUUUUCGGAGGAUAUGAAAGUUGAUGGACUUUCUGACGUUUUUAGAAAGACGUAUUUACAUUCUGGGAUGUUUUUUAGGAAUUUGAAUGAGUUGAUCAAGGUUUUGGCCACAUAUUUUAUAUAAACCAAUCAAGGAAGAAAUUGGAUUAGAUUAAAUGUACAGUUCGCUGACUGGUUGAUGAUGUCAUUGCUUUAGACUCAGGAAGGUUAUGGUCUGUAGAAAUCCUCCAGGGGGAAGAGGGAUGAGUGAAUAAUGAAAGGAACUCACCCUCUUCUCUCUUGCUACCUCCCCACAUUCUCUCUCUCCCUCUCCUUUCUCCCCCUUUCUCCCUUUCCAUCCCUUUCACCUUUGACUCUCUGUCUCUCCCCCGUCCAUUCCUCUCUCUCCCCCCUCCUCUCCCCUUCUCUACAAGAAAAGAAAGCAACAUUCUUGCCGUGCACAGUUCAUGUUGAUAUGUUUAUGGCCUGUGUGUCAUCUCCCAUUGGUCAAUUCUCUCUCUCCCCCUCUUCCUAUAGGAUGAAAAUGCGACGUCACAGAGUGUUCUUGCUGUGCACAGUGGGCCUGUGUGUCAUCUCCUUCCUCCACUAUUACAAGGCCCUACACUACGUAUCCCUGCUCAAGGAGCUGUCGGCCCCGUACCCCAACAUCAAGUCCUUCAUCAUGGUGACAGGCUUCUUCUGGAGGGAGGGGGGGGCCACACCGUUAACGUCGGCUGCCUCGUCGUCUGACUUCGCCGCCUCGCAGGAGGAAGGACCCCCGCCCGCCCUCAGGCCCUCGGACACCAAGCCCCGGAUAGUAGGGGCUAUUGGCCCUGGGGGUGGAGGAGGAAGAGGAGGUGGGGUGGAGAUGAGGCUGAGGGAGGAACCUGCUGCGCCCCAACCAUGGGGUCAACCAGAGGAGGAGCCCAGACACAGGGACACGGAUCCCAACGAGGAGCGUGAAGGUGAGGACCUCCACUUCAAGCCCUGGUACCCCAGCCACCCAGCCCACCCUGUCAGACCUUACGCCCCAGAGGAAAGGGCCUCGGCUGGGAUCGAUGACCAGGUGGUGCCCUCCAAGGCUCCAUCCCCGGACCCCUUAGAAACCCUGGGCGACAUCCACACCCGCACCCACCAGCUCCAGGACGACCCCACCUCCUACUUCGUCCGCACUAAAGCCGGAGCCCUCUGCUUCCGCCAGGGGACGGAGGUCGCCACCCCCAGGGAUGACGUGGCACGACCCGGGGGGCCUACUGUGACUGGUACUGGGGUAGGAUCUCGAGCAGGCUCCCCUGGGCAACGUAAGCCCCUGGUGGUCCUUAACCAAUCCCACCAACAACCACUCCAUCCGUCGUCCUCCGGCACCUCCAUGCCUCCCAAGGCCAAAUCAAGAGGACGAGGAGGCAAACGACUGGUAAAAUGUGUGUGUCGGCCGGGGUGGCACGGGCCCUACUGUGGGGUACCUACCAUGGUCUACCACUCUAACCUGCCCACUAAGGAGAGACUGACGCCCAGAGAGAGACCCAGGAGGAUGAUCAAUGCCAUCAACGUGAACCAUGAGUUUGAUCUUCUCCACGUGAGGUUCCACGAGUUGGCCCAGGCUGUGGAUCUGUUCCUGGUGUGUGAGUCUAACUUCACCGCCUACGGAGAGAGACGACCACUACGGUUCCUGCGUCUCCUCCUGAACGGAACCUACGACUACGUGCGCCACAAAAUCCUCUACGUUUUCCUAGACCACUUUCCCGACGGCGGGCGCCAGGACGGCUGGAUCGCAGAUGACUACCUCCGUACCUACCUGACCCGCGACGGCAUGGCCAGGGUGACCGGAUCACGCCCCGACGACGUCUUCGUCAUCAACGAUGCCGACGAGAUCCCCGCCCGCGAGGGACUCCUUUUCCUCAAGCUGUUCGACGGGUGGACGGAACCGUUCGCCAUCCACAUGAGGAAGUCGCUCUACGGGUUCUUCUGGAAGCAGCUGGGGUCGUUGGAGGUCGUGUCGGGGUGCACGGUCGGAAUGCUCCGAGACGUCUAUGAUGCCGAUGGGAUACGUCUCCGGCGCCGGGAAUACUACACCAUGCCCGGUUUCAGGAAGUACGAGAACGACACGGGUCACAUCCUGGUCCAGUGGGCUGUUGGAAGCCCCUUCCACUUUGCUGGGUGGCACUGUUCUUGGUGCUUUAGCCCUGAGGGCAUCUAUUUUAAGCUGAUCUCGGCCCAGAACGGGGACUUCCCGCGUUGGGGCGACUACGAGGACAAACGGGAUCUGAAUUAUAUCCGGGACCUGAUCCGGACGGGGGGUUGGUUCGAUGGAUCGGUGCAGGAGUACCCCCCCUCGGACCCCAAAGAGCACAUGUACGCCCCAAAGUAUAUGUUGGAGAAUUAUGAGAAGUACCUGUACCUUCUGGAGAACCCGUAUGUCAAACAUGAUAAAAUGAUUGAGGGGUAACGAAUUGGGGAGGGUUGGAGAAUUGAAGGGAGUGAAUGGGUAAGGAAGGAGGGGCCCUGGGACUCACAAGGGGGGACAUGGAAACAAAAUUAGCACUCUUCAUGGGUGAAGGAUACAGAAGGAAAGAAAGCCUUAGCACUGAUGGGGAAGGAUACAGACGGAAGGAAAGCCUUAGCACUGAUGGGGAAGGAUACAGAAGGAAGGAAAACACUGACGUUGGAAGGAUACCUAACGCAAGCUCCAACAAGUCCUUAUUUUUGGGUAAAAGGGAACAUUGGAACAGCUUUGGGGGGAAAUGACCACUGACUACUGACAAAAUAGUCCUCCCUAGAAACACUCUCUAUAUCAACCUCUGAGCCUCACCUACUACUUUCCUAGUUCUGACAGACAGACAGGCCUUUAUGCUGGGUUGGUACGGUGGGGGCAGAGGGACAAAACAGGCGAAUCGCAAACCUGUGGAAAAAGGAAGCAAAAGAUGACAUUUUUGUUUCUGUUGAUGUUUACUUCAUCAUAUCGUCAUAGCGACACAGACACUCCCUCAUCCCGUCGCGGAAUUCUCACUCACUGUUGGAUACCUUCCUGUUGUGUUUUUAGUGACCCCCUGCUAACACACACACACACACACACACACACACACACACACACACGUUCUCCUCUCAUCAUAUGUGAGUUAGAUAUAGUGCAGUCUACAGUGUAUUGCUUUCCUAUGGUUAAUAUUCUUGCUUGCAAAUGAACUGACAAGACAAAAAGGCUGAA